AUGGCAGCAGCGGCAAUGCAAGAAAGGGAGUCUGAGUCACUCAAAUCAACAGCAGAAUUCAGCAUCCGUAGAGCUCAAUCCUGGGAUAUCCCUCUCCUCGAAUACGUCGAACGAUCCGCCGCGGAUAUAUUUCGAACGGUCAAUCUUGGGUUUCUUGCCGAUGGCGACACAGUCGACCCAGCGGCCCUUCGAGCAAUGGCCCAGGCAAAUCACCUCUGGGUUGCAACAAACAACUUCGACCAACCAAUAGGCUUUGUUGGAGGCGAAUACCUAAGCGGAAACUUUCACAUCGUCGAGAUAUCUGUGGCCAAGGAAUUCCAGGGAAAGGGGGUUGGAAAGGCGUUGAUGACCACCAUGGUGGAACACAUCAGCAGGGAGGGUUACAAAUCGAUCACAUUGACGACAUACAGAAAUCUGCCGUGGAAUGGACCUUGGUAUUCCAGACUGGGGUUCUUCGAGGUGAACGCUCAUGACAUGGGAAGAGAUUAUUUGGACCUCCUGGACUCGGAGGCGCAACACGGACUCGAUGUGCGAAGCCGCUGUGUGAUGCGGAAAAUCCUUUGA